CCGAUGAUGAGACCUCGCUAUAAAAGCCUGUGGGGUUAAUCGCGACCAGAACCCAACCGGAUCUCUCCUUAUCAGCCCUGAUCGUCUUACCACCCCGCACCCGUUCAGAUGUCCUCGCCAACGCCGAAGCUGUUCCAGGAGAUCAAAGUGGGCGAUGUGACGCUCAAGCACCGCGUCGCGAUGGCGCCGUUGACGCGGUUCCGCGCGGACGUCAACCACGUUCCGCUGGACAUCGUCAGGCAGUACUACGAGCAACGAGGCAGCAGCCCAGGAACGUUGCUCAUUUCCGAAGCCACUUUCAUCGCCGCCAAAGCCGGUGGCUACAACAACGUCCCCGGGAUCUGGAACGAAGCGCAGAUUGAAGCGUGGAAGAAGAUCACCGAUGCGGUACAUGCCAAGGGAUCCUUCCUCUACCUCCAGCUCUGGGCACUCGGUCGCGCGGCCAGCGGCGACGUGCUCAAGAGCGAAGACCCAAGCUUCGACGUCGUCUCCGCCUCCGACAUACCGAUCACGGGCUCCAAGUUCACCCCGCGACCGCUGACGACGGAGGAGGUGAAAGAGUACGUGCAGCUGUACGCGACGGCCGCGAGCAACGCGAUACAUCGUGCAGGGUUUGACGGCGUCGAGAUCCAUGGUGCGAACGGGUACCUGAUCGACCAGUUCAUUCAGGAUAAGAGCAACAAGCGCACGGACGAGUACGGCGGCCCGAUCGAGAACCGCGCCAAGUUUGCCCUCGAGGUCGUCGACGCGGUGGUCAAGGCCGUCGGCCCCGCCAAGACCGCCAUCCGCCUGAGCCCAUGGGCCAAGUUCCAGGACAUGCGCGAGGACGACCCGAUCCCGACGUUCACCUACGUCGUGCAGCAGAUCAAGGACCGCCACCCGGACCUGGCCUACAUCCACCUCGUCGAGCCGCGCGUCGCGGGCUCGACCGACAUCCCCGGCGGUGCUCCCGCGGGCGAGUCGAACGACUUUAUACGCGAGAUCUGGGCACCGCGGCCGCUCGUCACCGCCGGCGGGUACAACCGCGAGAUCGCGCUGAAGGUCGCGGAGGAGAAGGGCGACAUCAUCGCCUUCGGGAGGCACUUUAUCGCGAACCCGGACCUGCCGCUGCGGUUAGAGAAGAACAUUCCGCUUCACCCGUACGACCGCUCGACGUUCUAUACGGCGGAGAGCCCGGUUGGAUACAUCGAUUUGCCGUUCGCGGAUCAGGAGACGGAGACGUUCGUGACUAAACUCUAGACGACCGACGUAGAGAAUUCCCCAGCAAAGCUUUAGAGGAAUGCUGGAACUGAACAUGUAGAUUGAUCUGAUGGUCUAUCUAUACAUAUUGAUUAUUCGUGG